UCGGAUCCACACCCUGAGCAAGCAUUGAGAGGAGACGACGGGCCGCCAGCGCCGGCGCACCAAGCCGCCAACGUGCUGUGUGUCAAUCGUGAUGACCGAGCAUGGCGAUGAGACCACACGCCGCCAGCAACGCAGCACCAUGCCGCCGGCGGGGCCUGCCUUCCCACUCCACAGCGACGACGUCCUCGCGGAGAUCUUCCUCCGCCUCGGCCCUCUGAAACCCUCGCUCCUGCGCGCGUCUCACGUGUGCAAGCAGUGGCGAACCCUCGUCUCCGACCCCGGUUUCCUACGCCGGUUCCGUGCGCGCCACCGGCAACCCUCGCUCCUCGGCGUCUUCACGCAGCAGCACGGAAAAGCUCUCUUCCGCUCUGUUGUCGACCCUCCUGUUAUUCCUUCAGAGCGCUUCUCCCUGCGAGGCUACGGCUCGUGGGAUCUGCUUGGGUGCCGCCAUGGACGCGUCCUCAUCAUGAACCACACUGAGGGGAAGGCCAUUGUGUACGACCCCGUUACCGGCGACCAGCACCACAUAGCAGUUCCUUGGGAGUUCCGUCAGAAUGACGUGGUUGCUAAUAUCAAUGGUGCGGUGCUCUGCACGGGCACGGCCGACAAUGCACGACACAUGCAUGGCGCGUGCCGCUCAAGCCCCUUUAAAAUCGUUUUGGUAGGCGCCAGUACGGUCUACAUAAAGCACGACGUGCUAGCGCUAGUCCAGGCAUGUAUUUACUCGUCAAAGACUGGCUCGUGGGGCAACAAUGUCUCCGUGGUGCAACCAUGUGACAACUACAUUGCUGGUCACCAUAGCAUCUUUGCAGGUAACGCCCUUUACUGGUAUAUUCCUGGCAGUAUAAUAAAGUUUGAUAUGGGCAUGAAGAGCCUACGUGUGAUUCGGAAACUUCCUGUUGCAAAAGAUUGCUACGAUACAAGCCAUAUUAUCCGCUCAAAGGAUGGCGGUGUUGGCAUUGCUUUAUUGUCAUACCCUACCUUUCAAGUGUGGGACAUGAAGAAUGUCAACAACAAAAUCAAUUCUCGUGGUGGAACUACAUGGGUGCCGCGGAAGCCUAUUAAUCUUCAGCUAGGAUGUGGGAGUGGUAUAAGGAUGAAGCAAGCUAUAGUGGGGUACGACGAGGACGGGCAUCAAAUCUUCUUUCGAGUGGGGAGCAACAUCUUCAUUGUCGAACUUGUAUCAAUGAAGUCCAGUAAACCUUGGAGAAGCUAUUCUACACGCAAAUAUCAUCCUUACACGUGUUACUAUACCGCAGCCCUCGAAACUUCUGCUGAUAAUGCAAGUAUGACAUACGGUGGAGACCAAGAAAAUACUACUCAAGGAGGAAGCGUGCAAAUUUAAGCGGCUGGCAGUGCCUGUGUGUAUAAGUUGAACUUGAGUAUUUCAUUAAGACAAACAGAUGAGCCAUCUAUUUAUAAAGAAGUUUGAUUAGUCUAAAGUUUGGAAAGUUUGGCAUGCUACAAGUUCAGCAAGGACCCAACUAAACCUGGGCAUCCUCCGGUCCGGGCUUGGCUUUGUAAAGCCCGGCCUCAAAAUCUCAAGCCUGAGCCCGGCCCGGCCCAGCUCAAAACAUAUGAACAGUGCUCUUUUUUAUUAAAAAUAAUGGU